GCCUACAACUCUUUCACAUCCUCUUCUUCUUGUUCUAAGAAGAGAAUGUGUGUAAAAGUGUAUAGAUGUAUGUAAAGAUAAAUGUAUAGAUGAUUGCUGUUCAUUUUUGGAUCAUACUAUUUUUCUAUGAAAGUCUUACCCAUUUCUGUCAUCUAUUCCUCCACAGAAAGAUAAACAUGCAUCUAAAAUUUGUGAUCUUCGUCUUCUCACUCUCAACAACUUUAGCAUACCCACUACACCGUGACACCAGGGAGGCAGCCUGGGCACAUGUAAAAGUCAACAAAGUUCAUGACAAAACAGACCCUACUAAAGAUGUGGCUAAGAUCUACAAGAGCAUCAUAGACAGUAGCAGUCUUUACAAACAAGAAGAUGAAGACAUCAGAAAUCCUGUGUUGGAGGAGAUGCAGCGCAAACUCACCAUGGAAUCGGAGCGUCUGCGUGUCCGUCUACGCCAAGAGCUGGCUGAGCUGAGAGAGAGGUUGUCCUCGUCUCCAGCCCAUCUCAGCGCCACCCUGGCCAGCAUGAGGGAGCGUUUGACUCCUCUCACCCAGCAGUUCCAGAGCUCUCUCAGCAGCAACACCCAAGAUCUGUGCAGCCAGCUGAGUCUCUAUCUGCAGGGCCUGGAGGCAGCAGAGGCUCAGACAGAGGCUAGUCCGGCUCUUUAUCAGGAAGCCUUCCACUGGAUCAGCCAAAGCCUGCAGCACAGCAACCUCCAGCUAGACAACAUUAUCAACGACUUCCAUACCACAGCCAGUGGUGAAAUUGAACAUCUGAAACAGUGGAGUGUUACUGAGGGAGAAGCCACUCACUCAAAGGUCUGGCAAGAAAUGAGCUCCAGGUUGGGACAAGAAGUGAAUUCAAUAAGGGAGGAAGCACAAAACAGGGUGGGGGCUAUCAAUGCAAAGCUUGCAACUUUGCUAGAAUCUGCACAACCUCACAGAGCUGAAAUGACUGUCAGUGUGGAGCAGUUCUGCCAAAAUGCAGCCUUGCAGAGCCAAGCGCUUCUGGCCCGGAUGGAGAGGGUGUUUAUGGUGGUGGAGGAAGACAUUAAUGGAGCCUCCAGCCUUUCUCCUGACUCUUCUUUGUCCUUACAUAAAGGUGACUCUUUACAGGAGGACUUCUCAGUUAAACUCUCCGCUCUGAUCCAGGACAUUCUGCACUCUGUGCAGUGACAAAAACAUGCACUUAAAAGAUUAGUAAUGAACUGAUGUCAGAUCACAUUUAAGUGACUUAUUUGACCUGUAUCCUUAUCCAUUCAAAUCUCCUGUUUGUUUACUACUGUACCAUCACAGCAAGCCGAUUGUAAAUAUUCAUGAAUAUAGCGUUUUAUUGAUUUGUUUUUUUCAUUCAGUUUGU